UCUCCAUGACGACAAACUGUCAAACUGGCGCGGUGUUUACGUUUUUGAAUUAAAAGUAAAUCUUCUUAAUUCUAUUCAGAUUUAAAGAAUUUAAACUAUAAAAAAAUAAUUAGCAUUGACAAGUAAUAUAUUGAAUGCGCAACUAAGAUUUAACAGACCCUUGUCGCAAUAAUGCCUCGCGAAAGAUCGAAGGAAGUUUGCGAAAAAGUUGUGCAAAGUUUUAUCAAUAAAUGGAAGAAAAUUGCUCAAUUUUGUCCAGAAUUUUAUUGAAUUGCUCCAGUGACCUACUUCUGAACCAUCCCUUUGUUUCAUAACCAUUCUGUGUAAAUCUAAUUAUUGUACAGAGGUUUUAACCUAGGCUGAAGCAUCUUUCCUUCGUCUUUUUAUAUUUUUGUAAAAAAGAAGUGAAAAUGGCUAAGAUGCAAGACUGUCUCGUGAAAAGUUGACGAUGGAUGAGGACAUAGCAAAGCCAACAAACUAUGGAAGGGUAUCCAAGAAGUACGCUGGUACCUUAUCACCUAAAAAGCUAACAUUCUCCGGAAACUUCACAGAGAAGCACCAAGUGUUUGACAUAUCAGCACCGUUGCGGAGAGCAAGCAUGCGUCAGGAUAUAUUGGACCUUGUUGCUAGGAAGACAGAGUCUAGAAUUGAAGAAGCUAAAGGGUUGUCUGAUGAUAAUCCAAUGUAUGAGGAUCCUAGAGAUGUCAUUGGCGAAAAGCCAGCAAAGCCGCCUAGAAAGAGGACCAUCCAAGGCAUAGCGGUGGCCUCGCCCCGGUCCACUAAGGAAGGCAGGUCACUCCUCAAAGAGCAGAAAAGGAAGCUCACUAAGAAAUAUGAACAACUCAUCUCUUCAUUGAUGGAGAGGUGUGAAGAGAAUGUGGUGCAGCUAUCAGAAAAAGACUCCCAAAUUGCCAAAUUAAAGGAAAAACUGAAGUCUGUGCUAGAAUACAACAAACUGUUUGCCGAAGAGAAUGAUCAGUUACGCACUCAAUAUGACACUCUAGUCAAAUAUGCAGAAGAGUGUAAGAAGGUCAUUAAAGAAGAGAGGGAGAGGAACAGAGUUUUGGAUACCAGAGCGAAAGAGUUGCAGGAGAAGGUUAAGAAGUUUGAAUUGCCUGAUAGAGCAGAUCACGAGCCUUCAACAGCGAUACCCUUAGUAGAAGUAUGUAUGAGCUGCAGCAGCCGUCAGAUCAUAUUGAACCAAGCGAGGGAACAUAAUACCAGGUUACAGAAAGACAUGCAGGCGCUUAAAGAUGUUUUGUACAGAUUAAACGUGCAACUGUCUCGCUAUCAAGAGCGUUUACGCAGCAACAUACAGAAGAUGGCUGAGGAGAAGCCUGAGGCUGCAUUCAAGCCGGGAGACAGAUAUGAAGCGUUAGACUCACUGCUUACUGCCAGUUUGGGGUAUAAAGAAACACUAAAUACAGAUGAGGGACAGUCUAGGGUUGGUGCUGAAGAAACUCCUUACACCGGCAGAACGGUUGACUUGUCUGGUCUACUCAGCGCACAGGCUUUAGCACCCCUUUUUGAUGCAUAUCAAGAAAACUUACAAGAAAAGGACACUCUCAUACUAGACUACGAAAAACAGUUCGAAGCGAUCAACAAAAAGUCUAAAGCCAUAGUUUCUGAGAACAAAACAUUGACAGACAAACUGAAGAGUUUGGAGACAGAGUUGGUGGGAAUGAGACAGGGAUAUAAGAAGUUGGUAGUAGAGAAAGAGACGGCUGAUAUUGAGAAAGCUACGCUUGUUGAGAGAGCAGAGAGGGCGGAGUCUAAAUUGAAGGAGGUUUAUGAGUUGUAUGAGGAUAAAAUGUCAGCAAUGAUGCGUGACUAUGAAACAGUUCACCGUGAGUACUUCGCCGUGAAGAAUUCUCUAGAGAUGGCGGAGAAUAAGCUCGCACAGUUAGACGUACUGCGGUCCCGUACCGUGCCCGCUGACAUGCAUGAACGGAGGCUGGAACAUUGUAAGAGAUUACUAGAAGAACUAAAACACCAGUACAGCAUGGAGUCAGAACGCAAGACGGACCAACUGACCAAGACGCAGGAACAAAUGAAGAUAGUCGAAGACAAGUGCUCUAAACUGACGCAGGAGAAUGAGAACUUGAAGGAGGAAUUGGAAAAAGCGUUGAAGAAUGUCAGGUUAUACCGCAAAGCAGCAGUAAUAUUCCGUCAACGCCUAAAGUCAGCAUCAGCGCGCGUGACUCGCGCCCGCACUAGUGCAAGGAGAAAUAAGAAUAAUUCUGAGCCACUGCGACAAGCCAUGACUGCACUUGAUAGAAUUAAACAUGAGAUUAAGGCAGUAAAAUCCCGCGCCUACACGUCUCUGGAGGAGCUAGAACGUCGCAUAGUAGAACAGGAGCGUCGCGCUGCGCUCGCAGCUGCAGAGCACCGCCGGGAACUGGACCGAGCCGAGCUAGCUCUGCAGCACAAGGAGGCCAUUAUACGCAGUCUUAUUGAUAAAGUCGCUGAUGUUGAAGAAGUUAGACUAAGCCAAACCAACACCCAUCGUCUUCAAGGCAUAGUAUCGGACUCCUCACCCGAGAGGUCCCCUGAACCUUCCACUAAGAAGGAGACCAAACCUUCAGUCAAGCUGGUGCCUGGUCACGGAGGAUAUUUCCAAGAGAAAGAAGCCAAAAGAAAGGGGAAAUGAACUUCUAGAACUUUCUAGAUAAUACGCUAGCUUCUAACGAGUCAAAUUCUUUUAUUGAACUGUCAAAAGUGGUUGCUCUCUAAGCAGUAUGUAUGUCACAUAUUUUUAACAUCAAACUGUCAACUUAUAUUGUCGAAAAAAUAAUAAAAUCAAUAAUUAUUCAAUGAAAACGAUGAAUGCUAGCGACAUUAUUUUUAGAUGCGUUAUGAAUACUACACCGGAUGCAGGUCGCUUCCAACAGGUAUCUGUGGAGAUCUAAGGGGGAGGCCUAUGUUCAGCAGUGGACGUCCUAUGGCUGAGAUGAUGAUGAUGGCGAUAAUUUAUUUUUGUUCUAGUCAACUAUCCAAUUGUAGAACUAUACAGGAAUGAAUUUUAUCCAGUGCGCAAACUUUGUCAACUUAUAGUUAAAUAAGUUUUAUAGAUACGUAUAUUUUUAUUUUGUAGUGUUUUAGUACAAAAAAGAAAAGUUAUUGAUAUCGAAAGAUGUUUAUUUUGUAAGCGAUAGUACGUUCACAGACGUCAUAGUAGGCACGAAACCGGUUUACUGACGGAGCUCCGCUCGGCGCGCGUAAGAAUAGUCGGUAUCCAUAUUUUGCUGAUUUUACGGGGGACAAAAGAAUUAAAUUUUUUUUUUACUUAUGAUGCAGAUAUGUUCUGUUAACGAUUCUGGACCACCAGUUUUUUUUGCGCACUGCUUAAAAUUCAUUCCUGUAUUGAACAAUUCUAUAUCAGUCUUGAACAAAUCUUAUGAACGAUCUAGUCAAAAUAUAGGUUCCUUCAGUAUUAACAUAUUGCAAUGAAUUAAAAAUUAAAAAAAAAUUAAAUGUAUAUGAAAAUAUUUAUGACAAUAUAAUUAUAUGAGGCACGUUUUAGUGUAGAUCAGAUAUUUGUACACAUUUAUAAAUUCAUAUUAUAACAGCAUACAACUUUAUAUGUAUGUAUAUUAGCUUCUGGCAGCGGCUUCACCCAGGGACUCUGGAAACUACUAAGCACAUACGGAUAAAAACCCUUUGAUAAAUGGGCCAUGUAACACUGAAAGAUUUUUUCAAUAAGGUCCAGUAGUUUCUGAGAUUAGUGCGCUCAAACAAACCAAUAUGCAAACUCUUCAGUUAUGUAAUACAAGUAUAGAUAAGUAUUUAUACGCUUUUAUCAUAAAUCGUAAAAUUGCUGUACUUAUUUCAUGAUAUUCAGUGCGCAUAAAUAGAAUGCGGCGUAGAAUUUUUAAAAUAUGGUAGCUCUUAAACUGCCUAUAGUUUUAUUAUAUUGUAAAUAGGUUCCUAUUCGUAGUUAUUAUAUAAUUUUGUGUACCCUGAAAGUAUUGGAUAUUGUAAUUUUAUAACGAUUAGGUAUAAUGUACCUACUUUCUGUGAAAAUCGUUUUGCACGUUUUAAUUUACUAUCUACUUAUGUUUACUAAGUUAGUGAGAUUGCAGUUUCGUGUAACAUUUACUACGAACAAUAUUUAUGAAUAAAAACAUUGUCUAAAACUAACUUUGUUAUUACAGUAAUUCAUGACACAUUAAUAGUUUACGAUACUUUACUGUUACUCA